AUGCUCUCCCUUCUUUCGCUCUCGGUAUUCCUUCUCAUUGUUUACCCAACAUUACCAUCGCAAGCCAGAUUUACGCGGCGUGCUAAUAAUUCCGACGUCUUAAAGUGGGUGAACCCGUUGAUUGGUAGCAAGAGCGGUGGCAAUGUUUUCGCGGGCGCGACUCUGCCUUAUGGCAUGGCGAAAGAUGGGAGCCAGAUCACGGGAUUCUCAGCUAUGCAUGACUCCGGCACUGGGGGAAAUCCCAGUCUGGGAAACUUUCCUAUUUUUCCUCAACUCUGCCCGGAGGAUGAUCUCAAUAAUUGCAAAUUCCCGAUUAAAGCCAGAGCAACACAUUACAGGAACGAUACAAUAAAAGCCGAGCCUGGAUACUUUGGGGUGACUCUGGACAACGGAAUCGUGGCAGACAUGGCAGUUUCUAAGCGUGCUGCUCUGUUUCGCUUCAAUUUUCCUACAAAUGGUACUGGAAAUGCUUCCUCGCUGAGUCCCCUUAUUAUGCUGGAUCUUACAGACCUCUGGUCGAGUCGUCAAAAUGCUUCAAUCAGUAUUGAUGCGACCGAAGGAAGUGACAGUGGCAGAAUCCGUGGAAACGGGACGUUCCUUCCCAGUUUCGGGGCUGGAUCAUAUGUGCUGCACUUUUGUCUUGAUGUCGCCGGUGGCAAGGUCAAAGACUCGGGCAUGUGGGUGAACAACCGAUCGGGAACAGAACCAAAAGAGCUAUUCGUUACCCGAGGAUUCAAUCUCUUUUACUUAGAAGCUGGAGGCUUCAUUCGGCUUCAAGGUCCAGUCACCAACGCAAUUUACGCGAGAAUAGGAGUGAGUUUCAUUAGCUCCGACCAAGCAUGUGGAAGCGCAGAGAAGGAGAUUCCAGGACCUGAUUUCGAUUUGGAUGUGCUAGUUUCCUCCGCGAAGGAAGCAUGGCGCCGGAAGCUCACCCCAAUCACGAUCGAGACCGGAGGUGUUGAUGGUAGCUUACAAACAAGUUUCUGGAGUGCGAUCUAUCGAACGAUGAUAUCUCCUCAGGACUAUACCGGCGAAAAUCCUCACUGGGAGAGCUCAGAACCAUACUUCGAUUCCUUCUACUGCAUAUGGGAUAUGUGGCGUGUGCAGUUGCCGUUCCUGACUAUUAUGGAUCCUGAAGUACAAUCAAGGCUUGUGCGCAGCUUGCUCGACAUUUAUAAGCAUAGAGGGUGGCUGCCAGACUGCAGUAUGAGCACCUGCAAAGGAUGGACCCAGGGUGGCUCGGAUGCAGAUAACGUACUAGUCGACGCCUAUGUAAAGAAUCUCACCGGAAUCGACUGGGAAUUGGCUUAUGAGGCCAUCGUCAACGACGCGGAGAACGAACCGCUAGAAUGGUCAAUUCAGGGAAGAGGAGGCCUAAUGAGCUGGAAGAGGGUGAACUAUAUCCCCUAUCUUGACUACGACUAUCUCGGGUUUGGAACAAAUUCUCGAAGCAUUUCCAGGACUUUAGAGUAUUCAUACAACGACUUCUGUUUAUCUACUCUUGCCAAAGGACUAGGGAAGGAUGAUUCUACCAAAUACCUAUCUCGAGCAAGCAAUUGGCAGAAUAUCUUCAAAGGAGACCAAAAGUCUUUGAUCAACGGCACUGACACCGGCUUCACAGGCUUCUUUCAACCAAAGUAUCUGAAUGGCUCAUGGGGCUACCAAGAUCCGAUAGCCUGUAGUCCGCUUGCCGACUUUUGCUCUCUAACGUCUAAUCCAUCAGAAACCUUUGAGUCCAGUUGCUGGGAGUACAUGUUUUUUGUCCCGCAUGAUGUCCGAAAAGUCAUCUCUCUCCUAGGUGGCCCCGAGACUUUCAUACGACGUCUCGAUUACUUCCACACAUCUGGUCUUGCAGAUAUCGGGAAUGAGCCGGUCUUCUUGACUGUGUAUAUGCCUCACUACGCAGGUCGGCCGGGACUGUCUUCAAAACGCGUUCAUUCGUAUAUACCAUCGCGUUUCAAUUCCUCGACGGACGGGCUUCCAGGAAACGACGACUCAGGUGCAAUGGCAUCCUUCACUUUGUUCGCUUGUAUAGGCCUUUUCCCAAACCCUGGCCAGAACGUCUACUUCAUCACUCCACCAUUCUUCAAAUCUGUAAGCAUAACGAAUCAGAUCACAAACAAUACGGCUACUAUUCGGAAUCUCAACUUUGACAAGGAGUACAAAAACAUUUAUAUUCAGAAGGCGACGUUGAAUGGUGAACCGUAUACGAAGAAUUGGAUUGGGCAUGAGUUCUUUACGCAGGGUUGGACGCUGGAGUUAACGCUGGGGCAGAUAGAGAGUGAUUGGGGGACUAAGGAGGAGGAUUUACCCCCAAGCAUGUCAACGGGUAAUAUGAAGAUGCUGUGA